CACUAAGUAGUACCAGUAGUCUUCUUAGAUUCAGUGGUUCAAACAAAAGUGUAAUUUAUAAAAAUAGUAGCAAGGAUCGAAAGUUUAAAAAACAGAACUUGAAUAAAACUUGUAAUAUUUGUGAUACUAAUAAAACUGGUGAAACUGAUAAUAUUAGUGAAACUAAUGAUACUAAUAAAACUAAUGAUAUUAGCAAAACUGAUAAUACUAGCAAAUCUAGUAAUAUUGGUAAAACUG